GAGUUUUGGCUCGUAUGCGGGAGCGUGCAGGAGUCAGUGAGGGGGGUGAAAGUAAAGUCCAACUCAUAAACACAAGAGUGAAGAGGAGGAGAGAGAGCGCGAGCGCAAGGGGAACGAACACACGCGCGCGUAAAGAGCCUCUAAAGAGUUCGUGCACUUUCCAGUCCAGACUUUAAAGACCUGAACCGAUUUGCAGUGGAUGUACAGGCAUGUCGCCGGCUCACGAGAGCGGAGGAAGGUGGUGGCCGAGGCGGACAGCACAGAUAGUGGCACCAAGGCGAUGUCCCCAACACCGCCGCUGCCUACUGCACUUCAUCAUGAUUGUAUCGAGCGGCUGCCUGACGCGCACUGCUGCCGGAGCUGACGCUCCCUCCGAGCCGAACGUGGUGACUGCCUCCAGCUGGAAUGUUUCCAGUGAAGCACAGAAAGACCACUUCCUCAGGCUUGAUGCUCCCAUGAACAACAUCACCACGUCUCUGGGCCAGACUGCCGAGCUACACUGCCAUGUGUCGGGAAACCCGCCUCCCACCGUGCGCUGGCUGAAGAACGACGCUCCGGUGACUCCGGAGGCACGACGCGUUUCCUACAAACAGACUCCAUACGGCUCACGUCUGCGCAUCCGCAACCUGGACACCACCGACACCGGCUACUUCCAGUGUGUGGCCACCAACAGCUACGGCACCGUCUCUACUACAGGAAUCCUCUUCGUGAAAUUCGAUCCGCUGCCAACCCCCCAGUCUGGAAAGCCUUCACCAGAGGACUUUGAUGAGGAAGGCUUCUGCCAGCCGUACAGAGGAAUCGCCUGUGCUCGCUUCAUCGGGAACCGGAGUAUCUUCGUUGACUCUCUGCAAAUGCAAGGAGAGAUCGAAACUCAAAUAACCGCUGCCUUCACCAUGAUUGGCACAUCCAACCACCUAUCAGAUCGCUGCUCUCAGUUUGCCAUCCCCUCGCUCUGCCACUUCGCCUUCCCCACAUGUGACCGAAGCACUGGCAUUGAUAAACCACGAGACUUGUGCAAAGACGAGUGUGAGAUCUUAGAGAACGACUUGUGUAAGACGGAGUACAUCAUCGCCCGCUCCAACCCCAUCAUCCUCAAACGACUCAAACUGCCCAACUGUGAGGACCUUGCCGCAUCAGACAGCCCCGAGGCUGCCAACUGCAUGAGGAUAGGCAUCCCUAUGGGCGAGUCUAUCAACAAAAAUCACAAGUGCUUCAACAGCACCGGCUCGGAUUAUCGGGGCACGGCCAGCAUGACGAGAUCAGGCCGCCAGUGCCAGCCGUGGAACUCGCAGUAUCCGCACAGCCACACCUACCUCCCUGUACGCUACCCAGAGCUAAACGGUGGUCACUCAUACUGCCGUAACCCAGGAAACAAGCAGGAGGCACCGUGGUGCUUCACUCUGGAUGAGAGCGUUCGCAUGGAGCUGUGUGACAUCCCUGCAUGUGACCCGGAGAAGCGUGGCGGCAGCAGUAUAGAGAUCCUCUACAUCCUGGUCCCCAGUGUUGCCAUCCCUCUAGCCAUCGCCUUGCUCUUCUUUUUCAUCUGCGUGUGCCGGAAUAACCAGAAAGCCUCACGUCCACCCACCCAGCGCCAACCCAAACCUGUACGCGGCCAGAACGUGGAGAUGUCCAUGCUGCCUGCAUAUAAGCCCAAGACUAAAGCCAAAGAGCUGCCUCUGUCAGCAGUACGUUUCAUGGAGGAGCUGGGUGAGUGCACCUUUGGUAAAAUCUACAAAGGUCACCUGUACCUGCCGGGUAUGGAGCAUGCUCAGCUUGUGGCCAUCAAGACUCUGAAGGAUUUCUCCAGCCCACAGCAAUGGAACGAAUUCCAGCAAGAGGCUUCUGUCCUGGCUGAGCUCCACCAUCCCAAUGUUGUGUGUCUCCUGGGUGUGGUGACACAGGAGCAGCCUGUGUGCAUGCUCUUCGAGUUCUUGCCACUCGGAGAUCUCCAUGAGUUCCUGGUCAUGCGCUCGCCACACUCUGACGUCGGCUGCAGCAGUGAUGAGGACGGCACGGUUAAGUCCAGCCUGGACCAUGGAGACUUCCUUCAUGUUGCAAUGCAGGUUGCAGCUGGCAUGGAAUACCUGGCCAGCCACUUUUACGUUCACAAGGACCUGGCAGCAAGGAACAUACUUGUGGGAGAACAACUUCAUGUUAAAAUUUCAGACCUGGGACUGUCAAGGGAGAUCUAUGCUUCUGAUUAUUAUCGUGUGCAGCCAAAAAUGCUGCUUCCCAUCCGCUGGAUGCCUCCAGAAGCCAUCGCAUAUGGAAAGUUCACCACAGAUUCCGACAUCUGGGCUUUCGGAGUCAUUCUUUGGGAGAUCUUUAGCUUCGGUCUUCAACCCUACUACGGAUUCAGCAACCAAGAAGUGAUCGAGAUGGUCCGCAAGAGGCAACUGCUGCCUUGUCCAGAUGACUGCCCGCCACGUGUCUACACGUUGAUGAACGAGUGCUGGCAGGAAGGACCUGCACGGAGACCCAGGUUUAAAGACAUCCAUGCUAGACUGCGUGCCUGGGAGGGCUUGUCAUCCCACGCCAGCUCCAGCACACCAUCCGGAGGCAAUGCCACUACUCAGACCACCUCGCUCAGUGCCAGUCCUGUCAGCAACCUCAGCAGCCCACGCUAUGCCGGAUACAUCUAUGGAGCUCCUCAGGGGAUACCAGCAGGUCAGAUCACAGGUUUUGUGGCAGCACCAAUGCCACAGAACCAGCGUUUCAUCCCCGUGAAUGGAUACGCCAUCCCUCCAGGCUACACCGCAUUCCCAGCUGCCCACUUUGCCUCAGCGCAGGCACCCACACGAGUGCUCCAGCACUGUCCUCCCCCUAAGAGUCGCUCCCCUAGCAGCGCCAGUGGCUCCACCAGCACGGGCCAUGUUACUAGCGUGCCCUCCACAGGCUCGAACCAGGAUGCAAACACGCCACUGCUUUCAAACUGCAUCACUCUAGCUCCUGUGGCCACCAUACAGGGUGCUACAGUGUCCAUGUUUGGACACAUGGCACAAAAGGGGCUACCGAUGGACCCAACUCAGGCGUCUCUGUUAGCCGAUUCCAACAGACUCAUGUACAGCGAAUCGGUCAUCACCGCUGACUUGUGAAUACGUCUUUCCUUUUUUUGUAAAUGAUUAUAAUUAUUGAUGUUUUAAUAUGUUUCCUUUCACUGUGUAAAUACCAACUUAGCCAGAAUGAAAUGUAAAAGAUUUAUAUUCUAUGUUUUUAUAUGAAAAAUGCAAGAAAAGGAUAAAGGAAAGCCUCCUCAUCUCCUCUUAUUGAUGAUAUCAGUAUGAUAUCUAAAGAAGACUUUGAGACCCUUUGAUUUCCUUCCGCUCUUUUUCAGCUACAGUGUGCCUGCUAUAAAGGAAUCUUCAUCUUGAUCACAGCUCUGAAAUACAGUGGACUUGAAAUUUUGCUUUUUGGAUGCUAUGCUUCAAAGCCAUUUUGGAAGGACCGUGUCUUGAGCACAAAUCAACAUUUCUCAUUCUCUUUUCUCAAUCAUCAGUCUGACAGUUCUUUGGCAAUCAUAACAGUAAUCAGAUGUAUUAAUUAUUGAAGGUUGUUUUAUCAAUUUCCAUUUGAAAUUACUUUAGCAAUCAGUUGUUGCCUUAUUAUAAUUUCAGUCUUACAUUGCCUUUACAACUAGCUUUAAAUCUUAUCAAACUCCAGCAAAUUCAGUCAAUAAAACUAUACAUAUGCAUUGUAUAGGCUAAAAGAUUUUUAUGUUUCUGGUUAUAAACUGGCGAGUGCAAACAUUUGUGUAUCCUAAGGCCAAAAUGAAGACAAAUGUGAUAUCACAUUUACGGUAUCUCCUAUUUCCUGAUACUUCUAGGGUCACCAGUCUAUGCCAGUCUGUGACAGGUAUCUGUAUCUGUUUCAAGCGAUGCUUCUGUUGAUUUUGCUCCUAUACUUAAACAACAGGGACUUUUGUUUUUAACUUUUGCUUUUAACUGCACUUAUACCAUGUUUGAUGAGAAACAUGCAAUCAAUUUUAUGACAAAAGGUGUUUAAGAUUUUACAGUUCAAGUCAGUAAUCAGAAUUACUUAUCAUAAUAUUAUUGCUGGUUCUGUUUUUACAUCCCAUUUACAUUACAUUUUUAUCUAGAGUGCCUUACAGUUCAGCUGAACAAAUGAAGGUUAGGGGCCUUGCUCAUUGGCGGCUUAGAAAUACGAACUAAAAUCACAAAAUUCCAGAUCUGUAUCUUCUAAUUCACUCGUACUCCAGAACAGUAUCUUUAAACAAAGCUAGGUUGUUAAUCCUUUGAGUGGCCUGCCAUGCUUUCAACCUGUCUGUGUGCAGGCUGUGGCCAUUGGUCAGCUGAGCUGUCUAUCUACCUAACUGACCAGCCGUGUACUAUAAAAUUGGCUGGCUGACCAUGUCUAUCUCUCUGUCUAACAGCUGUCCAAAUAUACUCGAUUGGCAGGUCGACUAUCUACCUAUAGAUGUUCAUUGGUUCUUUGUCUUUCUAACUUAAUCUGUCUUCCUAUGCAAAUUCAAUUAAAACUAGAUAAUUGUCUAAAGAUUUUCAACCCUUGCAUUGUGCCUUAUAGAGAAUGUCUAGAAAAGAUCUCACUUCUGUGAUCUGGCUAGUCAUUUUCUAUUUUAAUUAAGAAUGACACAUUUUUAUCUGGUUGUAGUUAGUAAUAUUGUGAAUCGUUCAUGAAAGUUAUUGAUCAGCUAUUGGUCCCCUUACCAAACUUUCUUAAAGCUAAUAAAAAACAAAUUGUACCUUUAUCUAGAAAUCACAAAUUGCUCUGUCGUGAAGACUUUCCCUGACGGAAAACUUUACCUCUGACAGAACAGCUUUUUCUCUGACUGUUACAAAGCGCUGAUGCUUGAGACUUCUUUCAAAAUACUGACUCGGCAUCUCUGAACAGAAAAUUCAACAAUGGCAUGUUUUCUGAAUCUUCUAAUUUUAGUGUCUGCCAUAAAAUAGUCCCUGUUAGUUGUUACUAUAGAAACUAUGUUAAUUAGAAUGUGUGCAUUAAUAUAAUAUGUGGAAACUAUAACUGUCAUUACAGAAAAUUUAUCAACACCUUCUGACCAGUCCGAUUUGAGAAUUCGCUGUAGUUUAAGCAAAAUUCAACUCGACUCAUGUAUUUGUCUUAUGCAAGCAGGCUAUAGAGUAUAUGCACAAGGUUCACAGGGACUCAGAGUUUUCUUACUGUAGAAAUGAAGUGAAUGCUUUUUCUCUCAUCUUUUUCUUUCCGCAUAUUAUUGAUAAAUCCUGUAUCUGCCAGCUAGUAUUAUCACAUUCUCAUUUCCUUUGUAUGUCCUUGUCUAGACUGGACUGGGAGCUUCACCUAAACAUCAGAGGGUUUAGCUGCAGUUUAGUCACUAGUUCUUUCUUAUGUUUAUUUUAGUUAGUUGCUAUGCAACUAUCAAAUGCAGAUGUGCACCAGGGUUCAGGCUGUCAUUCAGGGUACAGUUAAAAGACUACACAUACAAAGCUAGAACAGUCUUCUCGGAAACUGCCUUUUUGCCUUUGUCAUAAUGUCUUAUGGCAUAUUAUGAUUGAACAUCACCUUGCUAUGCAUGUAAUAACUGAUAUUUGAAUUAAUAGUUUAUUUUUGAAGCAAUGGUUUAUUUUUGUACAACGUUUUGUAUCAACAAUAUUGCAAUAUUCUUGUACCUCUAACCAUACUGAGACUCUUAAUGAUCGUGAUUAUGGUAUGAGCUCGUGUUUGUAAUAUUCGGACAAAUCACAUAUCUGUUCUUUCUAACUGUCUUCAAACAUUUGCCUCCAGGAAUAUCGGAGGUUUUCUACAGCUGUUUGAUUUUUAAUCGUAAUCGUUUGUACAGCAAUUUAAAAACCACUCAAUACUGAAGACUGUGAAUCGUUUUUUGGCUCUCCAUAGAGGGGCUCCAUUAAGGACACAGUAAAUACAUGCUAAACGUUUACACUCUUUAUAUGUCAACUUGCGUGGCCUUGAUUAUAUAUAUUUUUUUGUCAUUGUGAAAAAAGAAUUUUGCACAAAUAGUUUGUAUGGCAAAAUUGCUAUUAAACAACUGUGUUCUUG